AUGCUUCGCUCACCUUCUCCUCGUAAAUCUGUUAUGUUAAAUUUUGAUUCACCAUUAUCAACUAGAAAGGCACGAUGUACUCCUUCGAGACUAAAUUUUUCGGCUUCUCGUGUGGCGAGAACAGCUCCAGCUAUUGUUCGAUAUAGUUCGAGACGAUUUUGCGCACAAAGGCCAACUAGAAUAUCGUUUAAGCAUCCUGAGUUUAACGGAUGUCCUAUGAGUAGUCCUUGCUAUGAUAGCAAGAAGAAUGCUUCUUAUUUUGAACAAUGUUUUGUUACCGAAACGAUGUUAGGUUCCGGAUCUUUCGGAGAGGUUUAUGGAGUCUACUCUAAAGAAGACGGUAAACGUUAUGCCGUUAAAUGUGCUAUUGAAACAUUCCGAAACAAUUCGGAUCGUUUACUUAAGAUCAGGGAAGUGGAGAAACAUGAAAUGUUAAAUCCUCAUCCCAAUCUCUUGCGAUUUCAUCGUGCAUGGGAAGAGAAGGGGAGAUUGUAUAUGCAAACUGAGCUCUGUAAGACUAAUUUAUCUAGUUUUUGUGAAGGUAAAACUUCAACAGAGGUUGUAUGGAAUUGUUUUAUGGAUUUAUUAAGCGCUCUUGAUCACUUACAUAGUAGUAAUCUUAUUCACCUGGAUAUUAAGCCGGAUAAUGUACUUUUAACCGAAGAAAAUGUUUGUAAGUUAGGAGAUUUUGGACUAAUGUUUGAUUUAAUGAGAGACCAACUAAAUACCGCAGAAGAGGGAGAUAGCAAGUAUCUUGCUCCCGAAGUUUUAAACAGCGCCCCAACUAAAGCAGCUGAUAUUUUUAGCCUAGGAAUAACAAUAUUACAAGUUGCGACGGGUAUUCACCUACCUUCUCAAGGUUCUGAAUGGCACGAGUUGAGAGGCGGUGAUAUUCCCGAGAGGUAUUUAAGAGGUAUCCCUUCGGAGAUGAGGAGGUUAAUACUUUGGAUGCUUUCCCCAAAUCCUGUUGAGCGACCAACAACGACCCAAUUAGUAAAAGACGAAUCAGUAGGGACUCGAAUGAGUGAAAGAAAAAUGCAAUUGAGGAUGAUUAACGUGAAAUCAUCGACAUUAAACUGCAUGCAUGUGGUGUGGUUAUGGUUUGCUGCUUUCUGUAGCUUGUUAAAAACCUGGGGUGCUAUGUUAUUAGAAGCCCUGAAGCGUGAGAAAAAUGAAGUUUGUAGAAGAAGUUCUCUAUUCGCCGGAGAUCUGAGUGAGUCACCUGAAAAGAUGGAGUACGAUUUAGACAUAACCCAAAAUGCAGAUUGGAGCUUCAAUAACUAUGACUUGCAACCUGAUUUCGAGGAGAGGCAAACAAAAAGCGCUUAUCCCAUCAGACAUCGUUAUGGAUUAUCACCUUAUUCUCAAGCAAGGCAGAGGUCGAGGUGUUUAUUUGAUGACGAUACUCGUUCUUCUUCGGAUGAUCAGAGCUGUAGUCCUGAAAACUCAGUAUCGGAUCAAAUGGAAUUAAGGACGUCUCCGGAAAUUCCUGCAGGAGAUUAUGUUGUUCAUAACUGUGGGGCCAUUUCUCGACAGAUAGCAAGAGAACUUGGUUCAGGUGAUUGGUCGCCAACACGGGAUUUAUUUGGAAGUAAUUUCGACGAAGAUGAGUUAGAUAAUGAACGUUGUCGUUUAUAUAAAUGUUAUCGCGUAGUACCUGAACGGGUGCCGCUUCGAGAACGAGUUCGAUUUGGAAAAGUACGGCCGAUUCCUAGAAUUAACUGGAACUUACUAGAUUCCCCAUCCCAAUCGAGUGAGUGUCUUGAUCUCGAUGAUAGCUCGAAGCAGCCUCCCCGCAAAUCAAUUAGACAGAAGAGUCGAAGGAUUUGUGACUCCACUAGUUCAGCCGAAGAAUAA